CUUAGGGAGGUUUCUCGGAUUCUCUGGCAGAUGAAAACAGCUGUACCGGAGCCCAGAAUGCAACUCGGUUGCUUCUCUCGACUCCGUUCUUAGCCUUUCAGCAGUACAUCCAUAAUGGCAACAAGGAAUGGUUCUCGGACCGCCUAAUAUGCCCUCGAUUGAUACGGCGAGAACGAGGGCACUCGGACCAUCCUCAAAAUGACCACCGGCUUCAGCUCGAACUCCUGUCGAUUCGCAGAUUACUUCGUUAUCUGCGGAUUAGACACCGAAACUGGGUUGGAACCAGACGAACUCUCCGCUUUAUGCCAAUAUAUACAGGCUACUAAAUUCAGAGAUGGGGCCAGACGAUUGUCAACGAGUGACACCGAAGGUGAGAAUUUUGAGCAGAGUCCCCUGAGGAGAACGUUCAAGUCCAAAGUCUUGGCGCACUACCCUGACAAUGUGGAGUGGAGCCCGUUCGACCAGGACGCGGUGGGCAUGCUGUGCAUGCCGAAGGGCCUGUCGUUCCGGACGCAGACGGACUCUCGGGAGCCCCAGUUCCACUCCUUCAUCAUCACGCGGGAGGACGGCUCGCGCACCUACGGCUUCGCGCUCACCUUCUACGAGGAGGUGACCAGCAAGCAGAUCUGCAGCGCCAUGCAGACCCUGUACCACAUGCACAACGCCGAGCAGUACGACAUCCUGCACGCGCCGGGGCCCCCCCCGCCCCCCGCCCCGGGCCCCGCUCCCGAGGAGCGCCGCCACGUCCUGCACCCGUCCCCCGCCCUGUCCCGCCUCCAGCGCUUCAACUCCUACGACAUCAGCCGCGACACGCUCUACGUCUCCAAGUGCAUCUGCCUGAUGGCGCCCAUGGCCUUCCCGCAGGCCUGCCGGAAGGUUCUGGAGCAGCUGCACCGCGCCGUGUCCUCGGCCCAGCCGCCCCCGCUGCCGCUGGAGAGCUACGUGUACAACAUCCUGUACGAGGUGCCGCUGCCCCCCGCCGGGCGCUCGCUCAAGUUCUCCGGCGUCUACGGCCCCGUCGUGUGCCAGCGGCCCAGCACGGUCGAGCUGCCGCUCUUCGACUUCCCCGUCAGGGACGUCUUCCAGCUCCUGGGGGUGGAGAACGUGCUGCAGCUCUUCACCUGCGCUCUGCUGGAGAUCCAGAUCCUGCUCUACUCCCAGCACUACCAGAGGCUGAUGACGGUGGCGGAGAGCAUCACGGCGCUGAUGUUCCCGUUCCAGUGGCAGCACGUGUACGUGCCCAUCCUGCCCGCCUCGCUGCUGCACUUCCUGGACGCGCCCGUGCCCUACCUCAUGGGCCUGCACUCCAACGGCCAGGACGACCGCUCCCACCUGGAGCUGCCCCAGGAGGCCAACCUGUGCUUUGUGGACAUCGACAACCACUUCAUCGAGCUGCCUGAGGACCUGCCGCAGUUCCCCAACAAGCUGGAGUUCAUCCAGGAGAUCUCGGAGGUGCUGAUGGGGUUCGGCGUUUCCCCGGAGGGCAGCCUGCACAGCGAGACCGUGCCCCAGCUGAGGGACUUUCGCACCGGAGACGUGGCCUCCGACAAGCGCAACGGGAACCUGGCCAGCUCCCCGCUGCACUCCUACCUGCUGAAGGAGAACCAGACCAUCGCCCGCCUGCAGGCCCUCGUCAAGAGGACCGGGCUGAGCCUGGAGAAGUUGGAUGUUAAGGAUGAGGGCAGCAGUAACAGAGACCUGAAGGUGCAGUGUGAUGAGGAGGAGCUGAAGAUGCACCAGCUCAACAUCCAGGUGCGCGAGGUCUUCGCCAACCGCUUCACGCAGAUGUUCGCAGACUACGAGGUGUUCGUCAUCCAGCCCAGCCAGGACAAAGAGGCCUGGUUCAGCAACCGCGAGCAGAUGCAGAACUACGACAAGGCCUCCUUCCUGUCGGACCAGCCGGAGCCGUACCUCCCCUUCCUCUCCCGCUUCCUGGAGACGCAGAUGUUCGCCUCCUUCAUCGACAGCAAGAUCCUGUGCCACGACGAGGAGGACAAGGAGCACACGCUGCGCGUGUUCGACCUGCGUGUGGACAAGGUCCGCAUGCUCAACGUCAGGACGCCCACGCUGCGCACCUCCAUGUACCAGAAGUGCGCCAACAUCGCUGAGUCCGCCACUCCGCUUACAAAGCGUUUUCAGAAAGCCGAUCUGGUUGCUCCUGCCCCCCACUGCAUUGGCCUGGAGAACUACAAGGCCCAUAUUCAGAAGGCCAUCGAGAUGAGGGUGUCCAAGAUCGACCACACGGCCCUGCACCCCCACCUGCUGGACAUGCGGAUCGGGCAGGGCCGCUACGAGCCGGGCUUCUUCCCCCGCCUGCAGGCCGACGUGCUGUCCUCCGGCCCCACCUGCAACAAGUGGGCUAAGCGCAGUGCCCCUGCACAGUGGAGGAAGAAGGACCGGCAGAAGCAGCACGCUGAACACCUGUACCUGGACAACGACCAGAGAGAGAAGUACAUCCAGGAGGCUCGGAACCUGGGCACCACCAUCCGGCAGCCCAAGCUGUCCAACCUGUCCCCCUCCGUCAUCGCUCAGACCAACUGGAAGUUCGUGGAGGGCCUUCUGAAGGAAUGCAGGAACAAGACGAAGCGCAUGCUGGUGGAGAAGAUGGGGCGGGAGGCGGUGGAGCUGGGUCACGGGGAGGUGAGCAUCACCGGCGUGGAGGAGAACACGCUCAUCGCCAGCCUCUGUGACCUGCUGGAGCGCAUCUGGAGCCACGGCCUGCAGGUCAAACAGGGUAAAUCAGCGCUGUGGUCCCACUUGCUGCACUACCAGGAGGGGAAGGAGAAGAAGGAUGCCACGCCCGGUGGCCUUGGGCCUCCAGGGUUCAUCCAAGAGUCGGAGAGACGAAAGUCUGAUGCCGGAGCUGCCAUGCCCCCCCUCAAGGUGUCUCUGAUACAGGACAUGAGACACAUCCAGAACAUGGGCGAGAUCAAGACGGACGUUGGGAAGGCACGGGCUUGGGUGCGCCUCUCCAUGGAGAAGAAGCUGCUGUCCCGCCACCUCAAACAGCUGCUAUCUGCCCACGAGCUGACCAAGAAACUGUACAAACGGUACGCCUUCCUGCGCUGUGACGAUGAGAAAGAGCAGUUCCUCUACCACCUGCUCUCCUUCAAUGCCGUGGACUAUUUCUGCUUCACCAACGUCUUCACCACCAUCAUGAUCCCGUACCAUGUAGUGGUCAUUCCCAGUAAGAAGCUGGGAGGCUCCAUGUUCACGGCCAACCCCUGGAUCUGUGUGUCUGGGGAGCUGGCGGAAACAGGGGUCCUCCAGGUCCCAAAGAACACCCUGGAAAUCACCUUUGAGUGCCAGAACCUGGGCAAGCUGACCACCGUGCAGAUGGGACAUGACAACUCAGGGCUUUAUGCAAAGUGGCUGGUGGAGUGCGUGCUGGUUAGGAACGAGAUCACAGGACACACCUACAAGUUUCCGUGCGGCCGCUGGCUGGGGAAGGGCGUGGACGACGGCAGUCUGGAGCGCAUCCUGGUGGGCGAGGUCCUGACUCCCACCACAGAGAACGAGGAGCGCAUGUGCCGGACCCCCCCCAUGCAGCAGUCCCCUGGUAUGAUCCGGAGGCUGGUCACCAUCUCACCCAACAGUAAACCAAAGUUAAACACAGGCCAGAUCCAGGAAGGGGUGGGAGAGGCCAUCAACGGGAUCGUCAAGCACUUCCACAAACCAGAGAAAGAGCGGGGCAGUCUGACCCUGCUGCUGUGUGGGGAGUUUGGGCUGGUCUGGGCUCUGGAGCAGGUGUUCCAGCACGGCUUCAAGUCCCCGCGCCUUUUCAAGAACGUCUUCAUCUGGGACUUCCUCGAAAAGGCCCAGGUGCACUUUGAGAGCCCCGAGCAGAGGGAGGCGUCGCAGGAUGAGAACCGCCAGACCAGGGCGCGCAACUUCUGCCGCUUCAUGCGCGCCAUCAACAGCACCCCCAGGAACAUUGGCAAGGACGGGAAGUUCCAGAUGCUGGUGUGUCUGGGAGCCAGGGACCACCUGCUGCACCACUGGAUCGCGCUGCUGGCGGACUGCCCCGUUACGGCGCAGAUGUACGAGGAGUCGGCGCUGCUGAAGGAGCACUCGCUGGUCAACGCUCUGAUCCGCGUGCUGCAGACGCUGCAGGAGUUCAACAUCACCCUGGAGGCCUCGCUCGUCAAGGGCAUCAGGAUCUAGAGCGCCCCCUCCCGCCCCGCAGGGAGCCGCGGGGAGGGACCGCCACCAAGGUUUACCGUUUUAAACAUGGAUGGAGACUUGAAAAAUGGAGACUAUUUCUGGCUUAUUUUGAAGCUGCUCUUAAUGUUUGCCAUAUAAUAAGUGCAAUGAGCCUUUAAAAAAAAAAAAAAAAAGGAAAAAAAAGAAAAAAGACGUGUCAUUAUUUUGUAUCCUCAAUGUGCUGUUAGACAUUUUUAAAAACAUGUUUUCUAUUAUUAUGAUUCAUAAAUGUUAUUUUGGUGAAGACGUCCCAUCCGCGUUCUGAUGCGAUAACAAAAUGAACACCUUUCUUUGUUGUUAACUGCUGACAAUAGCUAUAUUUAAGAGGAGAAUAAGGAAGACGAAGCUGUUAAUAUAUUUUCUGAAAGGAGCAGUAUUAUUUUGAUAUGUCUGUCCAGUUGCUUGCUCUGUUGUCAAAAUUGUACAGUCAAUCAUCAUGCAGAGCGGGAAGCAAAUGAUGUAGAAAGUAUGCUUUAUAAGUACUAAUGAUAGGAGGGAAUGUCCUUUUUUACAGUGUAAAAAGAUGCAUUUUAAAUAGUUUUAUAUAUAUAUAUAUUCUGAUUGCAAGACUUGACCUUGAAAGUCGCUGACCAGAUUUUACAUAUCAUUCUACUCCAGUACGAAAGAGGCCCCGUGCAGCUGUCAUUGUUAUGCCUGAUGCACAAUUGUAUUGAUUGGGAGCAGUAGUAAUCCAUUCCAAAUUAUGCUUCAAACUUUCCUCUUACUGUGCAGCGUGGGAGCGCCCCAGCAUGUCCGCAGGGCAGCAGAGCUUCCGUCUCUCAGGCUAGAAGUGUUGGAGCUCUCGGCAAACUUGUAAAUACCUCUGAUCACAACUGAAGCCCCUCGGUCCAUACGCGCAGCUUUCCGUCUCUUAUGCACUCUGGGAUCUGGUGGCCGCUGGCAAAGAAGGGGAUUGUGGGUAAUGGUGGAGCAACAUGGCCAUGGUGGGCAGAACAACAUGCCAUUCAUUGUUUAUUGUUUUUUUUGUUUUUUUAUGCCUGGUUUUAUUUUUUAUUUUUUUUACAAGCACAUGAAAGCUCCCCGUUCUUUCCGUGUCUUAUGUGUUACUUUCAAGUGUCCUGAAUGAUCGCCUGUUCUUUGAACUACCCCCCCCAAAAACGUCCCUCUCUCAUGCCAUCCCACGGUCUUCUGGUUCUGCUAUGCAAUAUUCUGUGCACAGAAAAAAAAAAAAAAAAAAAAGAUCAAUUGUGUAAUUCAGGAUGGCACAGGAAGUAGAUAUUUCUUCCUCUUGACUUACUCCCUGAGCAGGGUUUUAAAAGUCACAGCAUUACUGCUUGACCGCAGAAGCACAUGUGAAUUUAGACAUUUUCAUUCCAGCGAUGCCCAGAUGUUGCUGGUUGUUAACCAGUCAGCAUUUUUCUGGCAUGGACUUUUUGGAAGUGGGUGUGGUUGGGGGAGGGGAGGGGGGUUGUUUUGAUAUAUUUCUUGACAGAGCUGUGUUAUGUAGUGUACAAGAAGUGAGUAAAUUGUGUACAGUGUAUAAAAUGUAAUAAAAGAUGAAAUUAUGGAUAUGUGUAUGUAAAGGUGUAUUGUAUAUUUUUUACAGAAAAAAAAGAAACUGAUUUGCUCUGGUAGGUUUAAUGAGAUUAACAAAGCUGCUUGGGAAGCUGCUUUCUUGGAGUCAUUUAUAUGUUUGUGACUGCUAUGGUUCCAGUCUGUAGGCUAUCAGAACUGUAGCUCUGUUGUAGAUAUUCCCAGGUAGUUGUAUUUCAACUCGUACGCAUUAAUAAACAGCAAACAUUUUUUAACA